CCGCACAAAAACAACAACUGAGAUCAUACAGCUACGCGCACUACCACACAGGCCUCAUCGCAGAGCCUCCCAUCUCCUACCAGGGUAAAGCCAUGGGCGGAGCUACAGCCAAGAAAGUGCUUGGUUCCAUCAACCAGCGCGAAGAAGAAGUCGCCCUUCGUCACAGAGAGAUCUACGACGCCGAGCAACGUCUUGAUAGCGCACACGCCGCUUUGAACGAGCGUGAACAGGCUGUCUAUCAGCGUGAGCAGGUUGUCGUCGAGCGCGAGCAGGCUGUCGUCGAGCGCGAGCAGGCUGUUGUCGAGCGCGAGCAAGCCGUCGUCGAGCGCGAACAAGCUGUCUACCAGCGUGAACAAGCUAUCUACCAGAGCGAGCAGACUUUCUACCAGCGUGAUCAGGCCGUCAUCGAGCGUGAUACUGCAGUCACCGCACGCGAGCAAGCCAACCACGAGCGCGAUACAGCUUUUGUUGCAUUCGAAGAGGGGAUGCUUCGCAAGCUCGAAGAAGACUACCACGGUGUCGCCGCGACCGUUCAGCAAAUCCGUAGAGCUGUUAGCAACGCUCAGCGUGUGCUCACCCGUCGCCGUGAGCAGGUCCUUUACCACGAGAACUUCUCUAGCAGCCCUCAAGGCGCCCGCGGACAAGGCAGAUACGGCGGAUCCAUUGCCAUCGACGGUGCUAUCGGUGCGAUGGGAGGAUUGAGCCAGCAGCUUUCAGAGGCUGAGGUCCAGCUCACCAACCAGAUCCACAACGCCAUCCGCAUUGAGUAGUCUCGGUUGGAAACGCUCGCCAGGCGCCAUUUGGAUUACUCGCAUCAAGUCCAGGAACGAACAGGCAGUCGGAACAGGAGCGAUCUGAUACAUUACAGCGAACAGGAGGGGAUGAUUGGCUGAAGUACCGUACAGGAGAUGGCCGGUUACGGAGUACUAGUGCAUAUAUCUCCAGCGAGCAACGAUUGCUCUUCAUCAUUCAAUCGAAUCGUUGGGUAC